GAAGAAAACAAACGAUGAAGGACUUAGAUACCUCCAGAAGACGGCAGUAAUGCGCCAGUAAGAGUAUCUGCUAGUUAAACACUCGCCGAGGAAGAAUUCACAUUUUAAAUCGGCUGCGAAGCUGCCUGCAUCAUCCGCCGAUCGAGCCAAGAACCCACCAUCAGAAGCAGAGGGAAAAAUGGCGUUCACGUUCGCGGCCUUUUGUUAUAUGCUUACUCUGUUGCUCACGGCGGCGCUUAUCUUCUUCGCUAUCUGGCACAUAAUAGCAUUUGAUGAGCUGAAGACUGAUUACAAGAAUCCUAUAGAUCAGUGUAACACACUAAAUCCGCUGGUGCUGCCAGAGUAUCUCAUCCAUUUCUUCUUCUGCGUGAUGUUUUUCUGUGCAGCCGAAUGGCUCACCCUCUGUCUCAACAUACCACUACUGGCUUAUCAUGUAUGGAGGUAUAUGACCAGGCCUGUGAUGAGUGGUCCAGGACUCUACGACCCAACAACCAUCAUGAAUGCUGACAUUCUGGCGUACUGUCAAAAAGAAGGCUGGUGCAAACUGGCUUUCUACCUCCUGUCAUUCUUCUACUAUCUCUAUGGGAUGAUCUAUGUUCUUGUGAGCUCUUAAAGUGGACGAUGGAGAAGGACCUGCAUGUACAGUAGAUGACCAGACACUACAGUAGUAGUGCUGGAACACUGGACCUGCUGGAGACCACAGAAACGCAUUUCAAGCAGAAGAACUCGAACUGUUGUACGCAGCACAGAGUGUCAAACACCUAGCCCGUUUUAAUAGAACAACUUGGUCGCAGUGUUCCUCUCACAGUGCUGUAGUUUAAAUUUUACAGAAAAUAAGGACUUUUUCCUUUUAUUUUUAAAUGGUGUGAUUUUCAAAUUUUUUUUUUUUCCUCCAUCUUGGUUCUCAACUAAAGUGUAUUCACAAACUAGGUAGAGAUUUUCAGGUGUGCAUUUAUCUGUGAGACUAAGCUGUGUGCUGAACUGCAUUAGCUUUUUCUGUGAAUUCGAUUCUGGGCUUUGUGACUCGUUGCCAUCUUGAAAACAAAGUGCAAACCUGAUUCGGUUCUUGCCUACAUGGGUAAAUGUCUUCAAAUAAACAUUUUGGGACUGAAAAUACAGGGCUGAAGUACAUAGGUUAUCACUUAAUGAGAUGUGUUGCACAGGGACAACAGUCUGGUUGUUGCUACAUCUGUUUCCAUAUGUCUUCUUUAAUUCUUGCUGAAAUAUUUUAGCUUUAUGUGUGAAUCCAGAAUACAAAGUGACGUGUGACCUGUUUCGCUGUGGACUUGAAACUAUCGAUAAACUCAAAGGUAGACUCAACCGCACAAGAAUAUAUUCAACUUUAUUAUUCUCUUUCUGCAUUUGAGCUUUGCUAGGAAACUGCCGCUGUGCCAUACUAUUCAAUGUACCUUUUGAAAUUAUACUUUUGUCACUGUGCAUUUUGCUCAUUUCAACAACAAAUAUGCCACAUUGGUAGGAACUCCAGUGUUAAUUUAUUCAAUGUUUUUAAUUUAGCUUUUUGUCUCUGGGAUAUCAAGCACUCCUUGCAGUGACAAAGGUUUUUAGAGGCAAGGCCAUUACACUUUUCCAGAAGCACUAGAACAUAUUUAUUCCAAUUUUAAAACGACUGUCACACGCAGUUAAACCUUUCAUGUAUCCGAUCUUGUGUCACAUCUACAAAAUGAGUUUAUUUGCAUCUAAAUAAACAAUCCUACUGUUAA